AUGAUUAACUUUUGGCUUCUGGUGAUGCUCUCACUCCAGCUGGCUUGCGUGGCAGCUGAAGAGAAUUGGCUGGACUUGGAUUACGCCACUAAAGGGAAUCUGUCUGAAAGUGAUUGGCCGGGCGUAUGUAACACCGGCCAUAAGCAGAGUCCCAUUGAGCUGAACGAGGCUUAUGCCACACACGGACCAACGAAGUUGCAUAUACUGAACGAUACCGUGGAGCAGCCACAUUUGGCACUGCUCUACAAUGGCUAUGUGGUAAUUUUGCACAACUUUACGCACAGCAUUCGACUGAGCGGCGGCAUGCAGUUCCGUGAGCUGGUCUAUGUGGCGGAGCAGAUACACUUCCAUUGCGGCGCGGAACAUGUGCUAGAGAAUGUGCGCCAUGACAUGGAGGUGCAAAUCGUGUUCCGCCUGGAGUCUGCUGCCAGUCUGAAGGCGGCUUUGAACCAGGAAAAGGGUCUGGUUAUGGUGAGCGUCGUCUUUGAGGUCACCAAUGUGCCCAGUCGUGCCAUUGCUGCCAUUGUGGACACGCUGCGUGGGCAGCCCUUGGUGAAUGAAUCCACAUGGAAGAUCAACGAAAUGAACUCAAUAUUUCUGAUGCGGGAGCUGUACGGGGACAUAGGAGCCUACUAUCAGUAUCGAGGCUCCCUGACAGUGCCCGGUUGUGUGGAAAAUGUCGAGUGGCUAGUCAAGGCCAAGGUGCAGACAUUGACACGGCAACAGAUGGACACCCUGUGCCAUGUGGGUGGAGCCUCCAGCUUGGCACGCACUCACACGAGCUAUCGAGAGCUGCAGGAUUCCAAUACGCGACAGGUGUUCUACUUUACAGAAAGCAGCGCAAACAAUAUUCGAGUGUGCUGGAUAAGUGUUGGAUUUAUUUGUGUGUUUUUGAAUGGCGUAAACAUUUUUUAG